UAAUGCUGGAGAUAUAACAGGCGGUUUAUUACCUAUUACUAUCGAUAAUACCUUAUCUCAAGACACGAUUGAUAAACAAAGUAUUAUUGGGUCAACUGCCUCACUUUUAGAGAACGAUUGGAUUUUGUCAGAUGAUUUUGGGUUGCAAGAACUUUUAGUACUUGUUAGAUCAGGAGUAAACAUGUUGGAAAUUAAGCAAAGGAGGAGAAGCGGAUGGCAUUUACAUGAUGAUCCUGAAAAAAUUCUUGAACGAAUUAAUCCUGCAGAAAUUAGAGAUGAAAUUAAAUCAGUAUUUGAGAGUGUAAAUCAAGAACUUGAUAUGUUAGAGUUAGAAUUGGAUCGAAUGAUGAUUGAUGCUAUAAGAGUUUUUUAA